UCGUUUUUUUUUUUUUUUUUUUUUUUUUGCCUCUCAGUUUUGUUUUGCCGCUGUGAGAAAAAGGUGUGGGUCUGGCCAGUAGUCCACACCUUCAGACUGCUUUUACCCCCUUUUUACGCUCCUUGGAUUAUUCCCAUUUCACCUUUGUUGUCUGUUUUUUUCUUGAUUUUCAUUGGUUACUGAGAUCUACACUUGUUCAAUUGCUAUUAUGGACGCUGUCAUCUGAAUCGUGUGUCUUUAAGGUGUAGAUGCUCCAGGCUCAGCGGGACCCAGCCUCAGUGUCAGAGAGGGACGGGGCCGCUCCCACCUGGGCCACAGCGCUCCUCUGAAACCCGGCUCCUGGUCUCUCUCUUGAAGGCGCUGUGCUCUUGGCCCUGAUCAUCAACAACGGACAGAGAAGCAAUUUUGUGAGGUGAAGCUGAGUCACAGGAGCCACAAUCAUAGCUGGGAUAUUUUAGGCUCCGCCCUGCUCUGAACUCCACUGCCAUGACGACGGCAGUGCAGCCGAGUGAACUGGUGUUUGAAUUUGCCAGCAACGGGAUGGACGAAAUCAGUCAGCUGGAUGACCCAUCUGUAUUUCCAGCAGUGAUUGUUGAACAGGUGCCUGCAGCCGAUCUGUUGCAGGUCUACUCGGGCCUGGAAUCCGAUGAGGUGACCAAUGGCAUAAUGGUGGACACCACUCUCCAUGUGGUGGAGGAACCUUCCAUCUUGGUGGGAGGCGUGGACCUCACAGAAACAACAGUAUCUGGCGCUGAGGACAGCAUGGAGACAAAUGAAGCUGCAGCAGCUCUUCUAAACAUGGAGUCACCAAACAACAUUCUGGAUGAGAAGCGUAUGAUACAUACAUUCAUACUAUGGAGCUUGCUGGAGUCAGACCUGACAUACACCCCUUUAAGGCCUGACCAGAUUGACAAUAGCGGUCUUGACAUGUCCCUAGAUGAGGACACCUCAUCGAUGGACGAGGUUCCCCAGAAGUGCCCAUUGAAACCUCAGAAGAAAACCAAAGUGCGGAAGCCGCGGGCAGUGCGUCCCUGCUCCCCAAUCACCACCCCUAACCUGCCACUCAGGAAAAAGAGCAAAGAGGGCAAAGGCAACACCAUCUACCUAUGGGAAUUCCUUCUUGCUUUACUGCAGGAUAAAAACACCUGUCCCAAAUACAUCAAGUGGACACAGCGGGAGAAAGGCAUCUUUAAGCUGGUGGACUCCAAGGCUGUUUCAAAGCUUUGGGGCAAACACAAGAACAAGCCUGACAUGAACUAUGAGACCAUGGGAAGAGCUCUCAGGUACUACUAUCAGCGAGGUAUCCUGGCGAAAGUGGAGGGGCAGCGUCUGGUUUACCAGUUCAAGGAGAUGCCGCCUGAUCUGGUGGUGAUUGAAGACGAAGACGCAGGCUCUGAUGCCAACGUCGGCUAUGGAAACCAAAGAUCCACCAAUGGACGGUCUCUGGUCCGCGGACCAUCCCGAAAAGCCCAUCACGUCUCAGUGAAACAGAUGAAGAAAGAGCCUAAUGAUGAAUAUCUGUACCAGGAAGUGAACAGUGGCCAGACAGACCAGCUUCUGCAGUCCGUUCACAUGUUGCAGACCAGUCAGGGGUCUGCCCAAGAUUCGGCUCAUGCUAUGAGAACCAUCAGUGCUCCUGCAUCAGUCCCUAUGGUCAUGACACCUGCCUCUCUUCAGUCUAUGCCCCUCACUGUCCUGGCCAAUGGGGACUCAACCGGUUUCCCCCCUCGGGUUAUACUCCAAACGAUGCCCUCUACCACAGCUGGCGGUAAGGAUGUGCUUACCAUCCAGACGGCUUCUCUAACAGGUGGGACCAAUAGCCUGCAGGAUGGCCUCCCGCAGCAGCUCCUUGUCACCAGCCUGGGCUCCUCCGCAGUUUCCUCCUCCACCUCUGCCUGCACUUCCCCUCCAGGAGUCAUUAGUUCCACUGCUGCGAACAUCAAUGGUCUCCCCCGUUUGGUCACCAUCAACACAACCUGCGGGCAAACCAUGGUGGCGCAGCAACCCGGCACCGUAAUUGCUACUGUGCUCAAGUCCAGUGACCUGUCCGGGCUGCAGGUCAAAGAGGAGAUGCUGGACCCCAGCUACUUCCAGUCGAUGGUGAACGGUGAUCCAUCACUGGCGGCGAAUACGUUUGCGAAGGAAGAGAUUGAGGCUGGAGAAGCAGAGCUGCAUUAUAGGACUGUGAUCAUUGAUACCAGUCAAAACGAGGGCCAUGACACUGGAAGUGAGACUAUAAUUAAUGGACAUGCCUCUCAUAGCAGCAGCCCAAGUGAGGGUCUGACCCCUGUGGAGGAGUUGGAAGUACAUGGGGAGAUGUCUCUGCAGCCAGAACAGGGAAUCAAAGCCCUGCAAGAAUUGCCACUGUCUGUCCAACUGCCUGCAAACUUUAUCCAGAUUAAGACAGAGCCUGCAGAGGCCUAAAGGCUGCAGGACUCUUCCACACAAGCUGAACCAAAAACAACAAUUGAAUCCAAUUGAACAAUUAAUGUUUCCUUUUUUUACCACAAUAAUCUGAUCAAAGAUCAGAGCAAGGGAUCUGUGUUGCUCUUAAAGGUCGGUCAGUUCAGCCUCAGGAUUUAUUGUUUACUCACAUAUUUUGUGACCAUGUGCCUAAUUUUAGAAAUUAAGGGAUUUUUUGGGUUUUAAUAAGUAAUAAUCCAGAUCUGGGAUUAUAUUCUGCAGACAACAACCCCAAUACACACAUACACACCGAACAAACACACAUGCACACACACUUUUCCCACUAGGAGAACAGCCAUCACAUAAACCAGGGAUCCCUGUCUACCAAAUGUGCCAGUUAGUAAUUUACUUACCUGCUUCUCAUUGAAGUUUUACGUUUAAAGAGGCUUCGCUCUUCAUAAGUGAAUACAGCAAACCAAAACUGGGGACUGAAUGCCAAAUGGUGCAAUGAAAUCAGACUUCUGAGAGCAUGCAGAGGGUGCAUGUGUUUAAACCAGACACAGAGUUUCUGUUCCCAUGGAUGAGCGGUGGAUUCUGUGUCAUGAUGUCCAGUCUGGUGAAAAAACACUUCUCAGAGUUUAAUUGAAGAGUGCCUUACAGGAAGUUCAAACAGCUCAAGACUCUCUUGGAAAUGUCUGGGAAAAGAUUAAAAUGGACUAAAUGGCUUUUUAGACUUUGAGACUUUCAAGAACUUAUUUUUCAUUUAUUUUCAUAUAAACAACAAAAAAGAUAUCCAUUUGCUCUCUACUUCUAUUAGCCUUAAAACACUGUUACUAUGGAAAUGGGCAUUUUCUGUCCACCAAGGACAGUCCAACAUCAAAACUGUUUGUAUAGAGAGAGCUGGAGACUGGAGGCACAGCAAGAUAGUGAGGUACAAAUGGAGAGAAAGAAUAUGCCGGAUAAAACAGAUUUUAUCAGUCAUUGCUACAGAGGCUUGUAUCUCCAAGAUUUAAAUCCUGUUUAUAUGAAAUGGAAUAUAUAUGGAUCUAUAUAUAUAUAUAUAUAUAUAUAUAUAUAUAUACAGUAUAUAUACAUAUAUACAAUUGAGAUUCAAUUUUAAGGCCACAGCAAAUUUAUUUAUUUGUGAAUUUCUAAAUUCUGUAUAAAAAGGCACAUUUGUCUUCUUUUUACACAUGUAAACAUGAGGGAAAUGCUAAGGAUAUGAACAUGAUACCCAGGAAGCUUAUUUGGUAGUUUUGUUUUUUAAGGCUUGACCAUUUUCAUUUGUAUAGCAUCCCGUAUAAUCGGCUCUGGUAUUUUCAGAGUUUUGGACUUCACUGUUCAUUAUUCUACUGUUUUAUUCUGCUACAUCCUUAUUGUAGAUAUCUUCUUUUGUGUGUUUGAUUUAAACAUGAAUGUGCUCUGAUUUCUUCUUUUCAGCGGACAUAUCUCUGCUUUUUUCAACAGUCAAGUAGGAGCUUUUCAUUGAGAAAUAUUAUGUUCAUUAUAAACUUGCAUAAACCUUCAAGUAUCAGAUGUAUCAAUCAGUAUGUCUUUGAAAUGAUAUAUCUCCUCGUCUUGUCUCUUGUUCCCUCUCUUCUCUCAUUUCCUCUCCUCUUGUUUCUCCUCCUCUCCUGCUCUGAGGUCAGUUCAGUUUGUGUCUUCUUCAUUUGCUGUCCCACUUUGUUAAGGACCUCUCAGGCCAGCCAUCUGAUUGGCCCUCUGGUCCUACCAGGGAUGAAGCCAUAUUGAUCCUGAGUGGUAUCACAGCUAAAUUGGUUGUAUUUUCCCUGGACUGUUGCUGCAGAGUGAGGACAUUCAGACAUACUGACCUCCAUCUGUACUGGCACCUAAGGACAGGAGUUAAACGCUGCUUUACAAUCCCGUAUCAGCCAAAGGGCUCUGGGUCUGCAAAGACACUCUGAAUGUAUACAUAGAGUUUAAGUACACGGUAAUGCAAAUUUUCGACAAUCAAUAGCUACACUGGGUUACAUUUGCAUUAGAAAUGGUCAGACCUGAGUGGGGAUUAGCUGCUUUUUGCUUGUCAAAGCCCGAGGUAUGUCCGCUGCUUAUGUUUUGUUGCCUUUAUUGUCUUGGGUUGUCAGUAGCCUUCCAUAUGCUGAAUAUAGAAUAGAUUUUUAAGAAAAGUCAAUGUACUAAUUAAAACCAAAUCAUCUUCACUGAAUUUCCUCUUUUUUCAUGUUUUGUCACAAACAAAGUGGUUUUGAAUUUGUGAGCCAAAGCUGAUAUAUAAAUGUCACGCAGGACAUUUUGAGAAAAAGCAAGCAAAAUUAAACCCCCAAAACAAAUGACUCAAACCAGGUUACUUGGUCAAUUAAUUUCCAACUGUCGGAAUAAUGAAACUGAAGUACUUUGCCUUUGAAAGUCAUAUUGUCGGGAUGUGCAGCUUUAGGGGACAUUCGACCACAUGGCAUUUGAAAAGAAGGAAAAAGCUACAGUAGGAAACUGGACUGGAGCCAUUAGCAGGCCAGAGACUGAUUGGACUGUACUUAAGAGCUCCGCUUCUCCUGUGGCUGUGGGUGGAUGAAUACAUUAGUAUGUGACAUGCCCAGAGCUGAAGACAGCCGAGUGUGUCCCCACAGCUUACUGAGUGAAGGAUGUGUAUGUGUGUGUGUGUUUAGGCUGCGGCUGGCAAGUGGAAGGGUUACACUGACUUAGAUAGAUUAGAGCAUGUGUUAUGUUGAUGUGUUUGUGUGUGUUUGGGAGGAAGGAAGGUGCGGAGGGAGUAUUGGCAUGGAUUGUCUGUGUGUGUGAAUAUUCAGGGUCGGAGUGGGGGGAGGUGGUGGUUGAGGGGUGUUGAGGAAGCUGUCUGGCAGCAGGGUUUGCCUACUGUGCCUAGCUCUGUCGACACCCACAUGCACAGCUGUGCACCACACAAUCCAAUCUUGCUAUAGGGUUAAAGACACACACAUGAGCACACACUGAGCACACAGGCACACAGAAGAACAGGGCACAAGUUCAGCCACAGUCACAGCCACUACUACAGCCUUCCUCACUCUGCCAAACAUCCUCUGAAGCCGUUACAGAUGGGAAAGUUGUCUGAAAUGAGUCUGGAAUCAUUGUACAAGCUACGCAUUCUGCAACAAACAACCCUCCAUUACAUCUAAACAGACACAUUGCUUUUCUGUUCAGCAGUUCAUCGAUUGCCUGCCAUAUGGUAAGCGGAGGUUGUUAUGGAUUACUAAAAUAAUGAAAGGCUACUAGCAGCCGUUAUGUCUGUGCUGUUCCUUGGUUAGUGAAUCAGAGACCCUGAAGAUGGAGCGAGGGCCGGGUCCUGGGAGAGGAGGACUAUUUCUGUGUCGCCUGCAGCCACUGACACAAUGCAAGUGUUUACUGCUGUGCCAUGCUGCCUCUCACAGUGGGAGCAGUUGAAGGAUGACAGCUGACAUUAUUGUGCCUCCAGCCUGUAGCAGGAACAGUACAGGGAGAGCUUAUUUAACCAUCAGGUCACCAGACUGACUGGAACGUUACAGAGAAAGGAAGGAGUUGAUCAGUGCAGUGUCAUGCCUGCAUUCAGUCGGUUAACUAGACAACCUGCUGCCAAGGUUAGAUCUAAUCAGACCACUCUAGGAUUUGAUGGUUUUUAAAGAAUCAAGAGGAAAUGGACUGCAGUUGUUGCUCAGUUUUGUAGAAAAAAAGUGAAGAAUGUCAAAAGCAUAAAUGUAUGGUCUGGAGAGGCAGCGUCUGGAAGCAGUACUCCUGUCUCUCCAUAAGAUGGCACUGGUAAUACAUGUGUCCUCACCGGUGCUGGAGUCUCAGUCUGGAUUGCAGAGAGUGUUCCUUCAGGUCACUAAUCUAAAUACAGACACUCCUCAUACAUUGGUUUUCAGUCUCCUCUGCCCCACAAUAGCAGCUAAUAGAUCUAAACGAAUGAGUGAUAUUUGAAAUGAAAAUAAGCAGCUGGAAGUGAAGUUUUCCGGUGUAUUUGAUAAGUAACAAAAUAAAUUAAUUCACUUGAGCUCCAGUGAUAGUGGCCGUUCCUCAGGCUGGGUAGGCAAAAUCCUUUGAACCACACUAACCUGGUAGACACUCACUAUCUCUGUUUAUCCCGCCGAGGAGUCCACCUUGUUUCCUCUCUUCAUCAAAACAGUGAUAAACAAGUGCUGGAGGGGUUUCUUAGAGAGCGUAUAUAAUGCAUGAGAAAAUUGCACAGGGCUUCAUUUGCAAAAGGAUAUUCUUUCAUUCAGAUCAAGAUGGGAGGAGUUUUCUGUCAAAAGCUACAGAUUAGCUUCAUACAUAAUGUAGAUGGGGCUGCGCUUCUUCUUAUAUGAUGAUGAAUCAUAAAUCAACUCUUUUUAUCUAAAUGUAUUGGUUCUGACAAAAAUAGUCUGACUUUAACAUUUUGCAUUUUUUUUACACAUAAAAUCAUCCUCUUGCACAGUGAGUGUGGAAAUAAACUCUGUCAACUUGGCCCUGUUUGCUUGUCCUCUCUACAAAUUUGCAGUAGAGUAUAAAUUCAAUUAAAUAUUCCUUUAAGUAAGCUAAAUUAAUUCGCUUAACAUCACAUUAUUUACACCAUAGCACACUGUGUAUAUGGAAAACUAAGCCCAAAUGCAAACAUCUCCAAAGGCUGUCGAUUUUUGCCGUAGAUUAGAAAGCACAAUUUGUUUUAUCCAGAUGCCUUCAGUGGCUUGAAGAAAUUGGUGCAUUAAUUUUCAUCAACACAUGCAUGGAACAUUAGUGUAUGAUCAGGGUUUUUUUUCCCCUUCCUGACCUGAAUAUCACAUCGGCAGCAUCUUUAUGGCUCCCUGUCACAUGAUGACGAUUUUAAUUGUCACAUGUCUGCACUUUGAAGUUUGACUUUCAUGGUUAAUAUUGAACUUGUGUCCCAACAGGCACGAGGAGCUCUCAGGGAGCCAACUGUAAUAUCUGUAUCAGCCUCUCCAGUCAGGGUGAGCCAUCCCAUUCAAAGCGAGUCUCAAGGCUUCCAUGGCAAUUUACUCUCACGACUACACAAAAGAGUCUUCAGAGUCCUCAGAGACCUUGCCAGAUAGACAACUAACAGCUAACAGCAUCUUACGAAAAAUAACACUUUAUACUAUUUCAUAACAUGGUGAGUGCAAAAAAAGUCCAUGAUGUCACCAACAUGCUGAAUGCAUCAGUUUUAAUAAACAUUUGACUAUUUGAUGUGAUAAGGGAGAAAUAGAGAGAAAUGAAUUAUAUAAACACUGAUUUUAUGAACUUUUCAGAACUGCCUCAGGGGCUUUCCAGUACACUUGUCAGUUUAUUUGAAGUAUGUUUGCAAUUAUUGCAUUUGUUAACUCAUGCCACUAUUUUUUACUUGACACGUUGCUUUGGGCCAUUGACAUUAUUGAUUUAAAAAUAACAAUAUGGUUGCAGUCUGAACUCCAUUUAUGAGCAUAUCCAUAAAACAUUUACAUACUGUAAUAUGUUUUGCCCUCUUUUUCAGAAAACCUAUUUCACUGCCAAAUAUUGUUGGUAUCACUAACAUUAUUAUCAUACUGAGUCAACAUGAGUCACCGAUCAGAUUUACUUACUGUGUGAGAUCCUUUUAUGUUACAGUAAACAAUGCAUACACAGCAAAAUCUCAGCGGAUAAAAAAAAUAAACAGUUAAAAAAAAAAAAAUGCAUAUGUGUAAUUUUCACUGUCAGGACACCCUUAAUUUCGUGCUAAAUGUUUCUGCUAAUGAGCAGAGAAUAAUGAAGAGGAGAGAAAAGAUGCUCCAAUUCUAUGUUUUUGUGAGUCACAUUUAAACAGCUUUCACACAAACACCCCAGGGUAUUUAGUAUCCGUCACAGAAAUGAUAUUAUUUCACAUGAUAGGACAACUGAGAUUAUUCAUACAAUGAACUUUUAAUUGAAGAAUCAGGAAAUAGAUAUACAUAAGACUUCAAGCAGACUGUGACAGAGCUGCCUUUUUGUCUUUCUCUUAACAUUUGCACAUCUCACAAUAAAUCGAAUACUCUUGAGCAUUUAUGCACCUUGUGUUUCUGAUGACAGAACAUCAAUUACAAAUGCAGAUCUACUGCCUUCUCUGUUAGAUGCAGAGUUAUUUCAGCUUGACAGAUUGAGAUGUGGUGUUACAGAUUAAAUCGCCUCAGGAAAGAAGAAACAGUUUAAACAGUAGCACUAUUUAAAGCAUUUUGUGGAUUGCGACAACAGGGGAAAACAAUGGAGGAUAUCACAAACCACAUCAAAAAUGACAGCUGAGGUCUGUGCAUCUUUAAUUAUACUUCAAAAAAAAAAAAAAAAAAAAAACUAAAACAGAGAAAGAUACAUAUUUGGU